AGAAGCACGCAGCGGAGGUUCGCGGGGACCGUUAUUACGGUGCGUCCUUGUUGACGACUCGCCGUGUGGCGCGUGGACUCGUUUCCCGCGCGAACGAGAGGCGUCGGCCGGGAAAUGGCGGAGGACGAGGGGGCGGACUGCCCGAACAACGCCCGGCUGUUCCGGAUCGCCGUCUCCAACUGCCUGAAGAGCAUAGCCGAGUCCGUGAGCGAGACCGAGUUUCUCAAGAUACUCACGGUGCUCGAGUCGCAACCCAGUACGGCCCGGAAGCUGCACAAAGUCAUGAUAAAGGAACUGUACGACAGCAUGAAGGAUGACCUGGAGGCUUUACUAGAGGAGGGCGAUCUGCGCCAGGUCUUCACCAAGAUAGCCAAGCUGUCCGAGGAGAGCAUGGCGUCGUCCAACGAACACGCGUGGCGUCCGCCGGGGGACGUGGCUACGCACCUUAGAUCGCUGGACGUGCACGAGAUCAAAGAGGCGACCGAGGAGUUGGAGAAGCGGGUGAACGAGAUGGAAAGGGAGAACGAAACCCUGAUGAGGUCGAUCGCGGAAAGUAGAUCGAGGAUACUCGCCACGAACGACGGCGUGACGAGAAUUCUGAAUCGCGCGCCGAUCAUACUGCAACAAUUGGAGGACACGUGCGAGCAUCUGGCGACUUGUCUCAAGGAGAUCGAGAACGAUUAGGCUCCGAGACGGCAUCUCGGACGCGCGCUUGUAUAUAAUUGUGUUUCGGUGUAUUCCUAUUAAAAUUAAUAGAUUCGCGAGGAGUACGUUUAUUAAUUGUAUACAUAUUAUUAGUUAUAUGCACGUAUGUAUAUAUUAUGUGCGCCGAAUUUUACGCGCAGGUGCAUUUAUAUCCUGAACUUUUUGUACAAGUAUGUUAUAUUUAUACGAGAAACUUUAUUAUUACAGCGUAUUAUCGAUAG